CAACUCAGCACUUUAGUCAAUAUCUUUAUCACAUUUUAAGCCUUUUACUGUUAUUAUAGUACGUCCAAAAUCUAUUUAUUUAGUAGUUGCUGUUUUCAUUUGUUUUUGAUUGAGAUGAAUUACAUCAUUUCUUAACAUUAUGGUGUAGUUUUCUACCCAAAUGUUUUUAGUGCUUGCAUUGUUCAGAUUAGUUUUGAGAAAUGGCAACUAAUAAAGAUGUGUUCUGUAAUUUUGUAGAUUUUGUUGUAUUAAUUAAAUAGUUGUGACAAUUUUUUGUAUAUUUUGUGCUCUUGGACCUUCAUCAAAAUGGCAUCUGAAAGGAUGGAAUGGGUAGAAAUAAUAGAACCUCGGACCAAGGAGCACAUGUAUGCCAAUUUGACUACUGGAGAAUGUGUUUGGGAUCCUCCUAAAGGUGUACCUGUAAAAAAGACAGACAACAACCAGUGGUGGGAGUUGUUUGACCAGAACACCAGCAGAUUCUACUAUUACAACGCCACUUCACAGAAGACUGUCUGGCAUAGACCACAGAACUGUGAUAUUAUCCCUCUUGCAAAGCUUCAGACACUAAAGCAGAACACAGAACCUGCAGUGCUUGAGGACACAGGUGAUACCAGUUCGCAAAGACCAAAGGAGUCUGUAGCUACUCAAACACCAGGCCGAGUUAGAACUCACACACAUGCAAACAAGGAGCCUGGCGAGAGUUUGAAGACUGCCGGCAGCAGCAGCAGCAGAGCCGUUGCCAUAGAGACACAAACAUCACCUCCAAGCUCACCGAGAUCUUCUCGUAGAACUCAUCAUCAUCAUCACCACCAUCGACACCAACAUGUAUCCCAGCAGACAACAUCACAACAGACCCAUACUCCCAGUAGAGUACCCUCGUCUGCUGCAGAGUGUAGUAGGCCGAGACGGGGAAGUCAGGGUUCGUGGUACAACCGCACUACCCAGACACAGACGGGUCCGGUACAAGAGUCCGGUCGGUCCAGUGACUCCAGCUGUGUAUCCCUCAGUCGCAACUCUCUGGAAUCUUCAGUGAAACCCCUGGAGUCCCCGAACCAUUGCGCCCUCAAGCAUUCCCCCUCAUCGGGCCUCACCUUGUCCACAUCAACCCCUGUCCUCAAGAAGAAGCCCUUGAGUGACGCUAACACCCAGUCCGAUAGACGCACAGCUGGCAUCUCUGUGCAGAGAAGUGCUUCCAACGCUGCUCAUCUUCCCGCCAAGCAGAAAAGUUUUGAUAUUGAUAUAAGUGUUGGAGGAGGUUAUAGUCUUGGCCACGAGAACCGCAACAGUGGCAGCAGUGUCAGUAGAAACAGACCCACACUGUGUAGUAGCCAGUCCAACCAGCAACUGUCUCGGAGUCGAAGUCAGACCACCCCGCAACCUAUUACAACCCCAUUAACUGUAUCUUCCACUCUGUCUUUGGAUCAGGAAGAAGAGGAUUCAAUGCAUGAGAAGUAUUUUCUGUCAAGCAAUGCUCAGUUGUCCAGUGGAAGGAGAUCUGUUGAAUCUACGCCGCAGGCAAGAAGAAAACACCAACACCGCUGCCCGAAGCUCAGUCCUGACUACGCUAACCUGGCCAGCAGCGUACCUCCCCCUCCACACGCCCGACACUCGCACUCCUCCUCGUCCAACUCCUCUACGUUAGCAGGCGGUCACAGGGUACAGCCACCCCACCUUGUUACCAGAGAGGCGGGCUUGUCAAGCAGUGAUAAUGAGAACGACUCAAGCUCUAGUGUGUCUUCUAGUCCCCGAACACAGCCGUUACUACAUCCUGACAGCACUACCAACGAUCACAACGACAAAGUGAUGAAACGAGCGACCUUCAAUAGUCAUCAUGUGGAUGAUCGUCACAACAAUUCUCUCCAGCAAAACCGAAGAACGGCCUUGAAGAACAACGGUAACCAUAGCCAUGCACCUUGUACGAGGAUAGAUAACAAGACGGACUCAUCGCCUGUCUACUCGAACCAGCCACUAGCAGGUAUCAUCCUGGAGCAGGAGAUGCAGGAACACCUGUUACCUCUGCAGCAGUACAUCCUGGAGCAAGCCAAGCUGUCAGGUUGUUAUAGGUUUGGUGACAGUCUAGUUGAAGAAGCCGACUCCUUACAUUCGGAGGAGGAGGAUGGUGGUCAUCUGCUACAAGGAGGGGUGGAGUACGACAGCGAUGAGUUUGCUGAUGAUGAGGGAAUGUCUAACCAGGACGAUUCUAGUAGUCAGGAAUACCUUCACGAUGAACCGAGUUACCUUGAUACUGUCGAACAGUACAGAUAUGCCAACUGGGAAAGGAGUUACCCUACAGUUACAGACGGCCGAGUGAGCGACUAUGUGGUGGACAGUCUGGAGUCAAGGAUGGCAGCUUCUAGUGGCUACAACACGAACCUCACAUCCUCUCUCUCUCAACAGCAGACCUCUAGAAGUAAUAGUCUAGUCUCUUCUGUUACUGGAGCAUUAGGGUUGAAUACGCCACUUCCGCUAGAAACUCAACAUGCUUCGCUCAAGCGUAAGAAAGAACCUUCUGCGCCUCCUCCAGUCCUUUACUCACCCAUCAUGGAGAGGGCAGAAUGGGUUGAUUGCAGACGUCAGCUGUCCCCCUCUCCCCCUUGCAGUGCAAGUUUCUCUCGUACCCCUUUCCCUAUUACUGCCCACUCUCUACCCCCCUCCCCCUCACCUCUGUCGGCGUCUCUGCAGUACGAGCAGUUGUCACGAGUCGUGUUGAACAAGAAGCUGCCAUCGGAGAGUGACAUUGAGAAGUAUGCUCAAGAUAAUCUCAACAUCCACAAGAAAGGAAUCUUUAGGAAAAAGUUUUCUAUUCGAGAUAUGUUAUCGUGGUCCAAAGAUCCGAUAAGAAAGCCGAUGUUGGUAUUGUCGGACAAGUCGCUGAAGAAGGAUGCAGUUGAGAUGUUCAAGCUAGUACAGAUCUAUAUGAGUGACCGCAAGGCUAAACUGGGAAUGAGUCUCAACAGCGUAGCCUUGGAGAUCUGCAACUAUGGUUACACCAAGCCGGCACUUCGCGAUGAGUUGUACAUCCAGAUCUGCCGCCAGACCACCGAGAACCCCAGGAGAGAGAGUUUAAGAAGAGGCUGGGAACUGCUAGCAAUUUGUUUGUCUUUCUUCCCACCGUCACCAAAGUUUCAAACGUACCUGGAUAGUUAUAUGAAUAGGCAUAGAGAUCCUAGUUUUGAUUUCCCAGAAGUGGGGAAGUGGCCAAUCCAUGUACAAGUCAGCCAUUAUGCGAGUGUGGCUUGUAAAAGGCUCGAACGAGGAGGAGAAGGAGGUAAAAGACCACCAAGAAAGCCAACGUUAGAAGAAAUAGAUCAAGCUCGGUUGCAGAUCUUCAGGCCUAGUAUGUUUGGAUCAACUUUACAAGAAGUGAUGGCGUUACAGAAAGAAAGGUUCCCACAUUACAAAUUGCCUUGGAUACAAACCACUCUCUCUGACGAAGUGUUAAGAUUACAAGGCGCUCAAACUGAGGGUAUUUUUAGGGUAUCAGCUGAUGUGGACGAGGUGACGAGUCUAAAGAUGCAGCUGGACAGGUGGGAGCGGCCGACAGACUGGACAGACGCUCACACUCCGGCGUCGCUGCUCAAACUCUGGUACCGAGAGUUGUACGAGCCCCUCAUACCCGACACCAUGUACAACGAGUGCAUACAACACCACGACAAUCCCAUCAGAGCUAUUCAGAUAGUCGAUAGUCUUCCAGAAAUCAACAGGCUGGUCUUGUCUUACCUCGUGCGAUUCCUACAGAUAUUUGCACGGAGCGAGGUGGUCCAGCAGACAAAGAUGGAUGCCAGCAACUUGGCUAUGGUGAUUGCUCCCAAUUGCCUACGGUGCAUGUCACAUGAUCCAAGAAUUAUUUUUGAUAAUGCACGCAAGGAGAUGGCUUUCAUGCGCACGCUUAUUCAGUACCUAGAUACAAAUUAUAUGGAAGGAGUUGUAUAGAAAGAUGGUCGGAGUCUCAACUUACAGACCAGACACUACAAUUUGUGCCUGAGUUAUGCCAUUCAUACCAAAGUUAGCAAGUUAGUUACUAGUACACAGUCUCAUUUUACUGUAAAUAAGAUAAUCUCAUAUUGUAAUAUAUUUUGUUUGUAUUUAAUUUGUUGUUUAUGAUUCUGUAAAGAAUUAGUCAUGUUUGUCAGACAAAUGUGUUUCGAGAGUUUACGAUAUUGUAUAGCGAUGUACAAUGCCAUCGAUACCAGUGGACGCAGCUCCUACACACUGGGUCUGAUCACCACAUUACACCACUGUCGUGUAGAAGUAACAAUCAAGUUAAGCUCAAUCAACUAGCAUUAACGAGUUUCAUUACUGUUAAGUUCUUUUGUAGAAUUGUUGGAGUCUUGAUUUUGAGUUGAAUCCAGUUCUAAUAAAAUUUAGAUAUUAGAUCUUUAGAAUACGAUUUAAAUUUAAAAAUUAUGUAAUGUAUUUUGCUUUACCGUAAUAAUGGGAACUAAGAAAUCAUAAAAAGCACUAGUCAUAAAUUAGUCAAAAUUCUUUUAUUUCAAAUAUCUUAAUAAUGUUAAUAGUGCCAAAUAAAUUAAAAUAUUAUAUAAUUUAUUUUGCCUUAUUGUAAGAAUGGGAACUUAAAAAUCAUAAUAAACAUCAUAUUUUCAAUAAAAAAAAUUCUUUAUUAAAAGUCUUCAAGAAAUUUAAUAGUAUAAAGGCAAAAGAAUAAGGUACAAAACUUUUACCAGAAAUUAUAACAAUAUGGGGAGGAAAUCAUUAUUACGCAUUAAAUAUCUUUAAUCUGUUAUUUCACUCAAUUAUCUUGGUCGCACCAAAAUGUAGUAAUAAAUUUGCUCCAAUGUAUAUUUAUUUUUAAUACAUUUUAUGAAAAUGUAUCUAUACUGUAUAACAAUUUUUGCAUUUAAAUAAUAGUUUAGUACAAUAAUAAAGUACUUAGAAUGGUAUCUUUUAUCUUCAAGACUAAUAAUGUUUUAUAUUACUAUUGGUGGCUGAGUUUAAUGUUUUAAAGUAAUGCAGUAUUUAAUUAUCAAAUUACUUAAUAGUAUAAUUGUUCUUUUUUAUUGACUGAUAAUGCCUAUUGUAAUGAUGCCUGGUUAAAGAUCAAUGCCAAUAUAAUUCUUGAUUCUUGUACAGUUGUGUUUAUUGCAAUGUUUUUUGUAGAAUUUGAGUGACACAUAUUUGUGAAAAUGACAUGAACACCAAACAUUUCCCAAAGGUGUAAUUUGUUCCAGUGGUUUAUGCUCUAGCACUAUUUUGUAAAAAUCAAAAUGUUUUUGGUCUCAUUUUUGGAAUAGGUAGAAUUUUUAUAACAAUAUUGGUUUACUAUUAGUAAUAUAUAGAAAGAUAUUGUGUACAAUUAUUUUUCUUUAUGAAAUUUCGAAAUGUUCCUUGUAUAGUGAACAUUGUUUAGUGUGUAUUCUUUGAUAUUGUACGAGUUAUUUUAUAUAAAAUAUUAUAUAGAAACUCACAAUAUUUUAGGCGUUAUAUUUCUUUUAGACAGUCAUCGUCUUACUCAGCUAGAUUCAACUCAAAACUGUUGUCCCAACAACUCCAUGUUUUCACAGAAUAGAUAUCAGCAAUGUUGUUAUCAAUAGUCUUAAAUAUACUAAUUAUUUAUGUGGAGUCAGUCUUGAAAUUUUCAUACUUCAUGGCUUGUUCUUAACCAUUUUAUAUGAAUUCUUUUCAAGUCACUUUACACAGCACCUGCACUGUGGAUGCUACUGGAUCUGAUUAAUGAUGCUGCCCAUUGUGGUAAAACAAUUUUGUAACUUAUUUUCUUUCCCCCCUUUCAGUAUGCAAUUAGUUAAACAUAAAAUAUUAUCUUCACACACUAGUGACAGAAUUACUUAGGAAUAUAAAUUAAAGUGAAAUAUGACUCACUAUUAUAGCUCUUAGAGUAUUUUUAAUACAUGCAAACAUUCUUGAACUAUUGGAUGAGUUUAUGGUAGGAUAUAUUAUUUGCAAUGUGCUGAAUAUAGUACUGAAUGUACAAUCCAUUUAUUUAUAUUAUAUAGUUAGUGGGUGAAAGUUAUAUGUAGCCUAUAUUACGAGGAGAGUUCCUUGUCACUCUUGAGAAAAGUUACCACUCUUGUUUCUGCCUCAUUUGAUUAAACUUUUCUCUCAGGGUGACAACAUAACUAACACCUCCUGUGAUAUACAAAUAACUAUUUUUACCAGUUCAACUUGGAAACAUCCCAAC